AGCAACAGUUGCCCGGGUGAGGACGAAGCGCCAUAGCCACGGUAGUCCUGGCGACAAGAGCCCAGCAACAAGAAUCAACAACAACAGCCCGAUUCAUUGAAACGCUAAAAAAUCAAACAUAGCGGUGGAAAAAAAUACUCGGAUUAAAAGCGUGUCAGCCAGACGAUCUCGAUGGCAACUCCAGCUUAUGUCGGGGAGCUGCAGCAGACCUCCCAGCCUCCAGCAGGUGCUGUAACUGUAACACCAGGCCAGCCUGUUGUUGUCACGACUGCAGCACCUCAGCAGUACCUGUCAGAGCUGCAAAAUACCGUGACCUCUGUCUCAGCUUCGGCAACCUCCGGCCAGGUCACUCCUCCUCCUGCACAAACCCCACCCACACAAGUCCCACCCACACAGACUCAGUAUGUCCCAGCUGAGAUGCAGAAUUCACCCACACAGUCCAGCAAUGCCCAAAACACACCACAGUACAUCGUUGUUACGGUUACAGAGGGCUCCAUCCAUUCCAGUGACUCGGUUUCAGAUUCCAGUCCUCCACCUGCAGUGGUACAGACCGGAGUUCCUACUCAGGUGGUGCAGCAGGUGCAGUCAGCCCAGCAGAGGUCUGUGGUCCAAGCCAUAUCACAGCCUACCAAGACUGAACAGGGCACACACAUGAACGUCACCAGCCUACAGCCUGUACACUUGACUCAGGAGCUGCAGCAGGUUCCAGUGCAGCAUGUGUACACUAACCAAGUGCAGUAUGUGGAGGCAGGAGACACAAGCUACACUACCAGCACCAUACGUUCUGGCAGUUUUGUGUACACCGACAGUCCCUUGUACACUCAAACCAGUGGUGCUCAGUAUUACGAAAGCACCAGUGUGAGUGUCUCCGCCUCCCAGGCUGCAUCUCCUGUGAAUACGGGCUUUGUGACAGGGACGGGGCAAAUUGUGACCAGUGCCACACCUGGUACAGGUGGUGGAGCCACAGCAGUAAUCGCAGUGUCAGGGACGGCCGCUAAUGGCUCUGGGGAUGGAGGAGGUGGGGCUAAUGGGAGCAGUGGUAGCUACGUGAUUCAGGGAGGCUACAUGCUCAGCAGCGGCGGGGCCACUAGCAGCAGCACCAGUGGAAACGGCCAGAGUUACUCACAAAAUGCUCGCGUCUCCCCAGCCACCCUGUCCUCUGGCCCUCAGGUGCAGUGGUUGUUGGAUAAUUAUGAAACGGCGGAGGGUGUGAGCUUGCCGCGCUCCACUCUCUACUGCCACUACCUGCUGCACUGCCAGGAGCAGAAGCUAGAACCUGUCAAUGCCGCCUCCUUCGGAAAACUCAUCCGCUCUGUCUUCAUGGGCCUGAGGACGAGGCGCCUGGGUACUCGAGGGAACUCGAAAUAUCACUAUUAUGGGCUGAGGAUUAAAGCUAGCUCCUCUCUGCUCCGGCUGAUGGAGGAUCAACAGCACCUGGCAAUGAGGCAGCAGCCCUUUUCCCAAAAACAGAGGUUGAAGCCAGUACAGAAGAUGGAAGGAAUGACCAAUGGGAUGUCAUCAGGGGCGGGACAACAGCAGCAACAACAGACUUCAGGGCUUUCUGACAUCAGUGCCCAGGUUCAACAGUACCAGCAAUUCCUAGAUGCAUCCCGUGCUCUCCCAGAGUUUCCUGAAAUUGACUUGCAGGGCAAACCUUUGCCAGAGGGCAUUGAGCUGGAACACAUUAAGAGCUUUCAGCUACUCUACAGAGAGCACUGCGAGGCCAUUCUGGAUGUCAUGGUGAACCUGCAGUUCACACUGGUGGAGACACUGUGGAAAACCUUCUGGAGGUUUAGCGAGAGCCAGGCAGGAGACCCGGCCACACUGUCUGUUCAUGAUGAAUCAGAGAAGCGGUUGCCCAAAUCAUGUCUGGUGCUGCUGUGCAAGUAUGAGCCAGCGCUGCGCUGGAGCCGUGACUGCGACAACACUCUGUACCAGGGCCUGGUGGAGAUCCUCAUCCCAGAUGUACUGAGACCCAUACCCAGUGCCUUAACUCAAGCCAUUCGAAACUUUGCCAAGAGUCUGGAGAGCUGGCUGACUAACGCCAUGAUGAACAUUCCUGAGGAGAUGGUCCGCAUCAAAGUGACAUGUGCGAAUGCGUUUGCUCAGACGCUGCGUAGGUAUACCUCUCUAAACCACCUGGCCCAGGCUGCUCGUGCUGUGCUGCAGAACACCGCGCAGAUCAACCAGAUGCUCAGCGACCUCAACCGAGUCGACUUUGCAAACGUGCAGGAGCAGGCCUCUUGGGUGUGUAGGUGUGAGGACCGUGUGGUGCAACGGUUAGAGCAAGACUUUAAACUCACCCUGCAGCAGCAGAAUUCACUGGAGCAGUGGGCUGCCUGGUUGGAUGGUGUCGUCUCCCAGGUCCUAAAGCCGUACCAGGCCAGCCCGGCCUUCCCUAAAGCUGCUAAACUCUUUCUGCUUAGAUGGAGCUUCUACAGCUCUAUGGUAAUCAGAGAUCUCACACUGCGCAGUGCAGCCAGUUUUGGCUCCUUUCAUCUCAUCCGCCUGCUGUAUGAUGAGUAUAUGUAUUACCUAAUAGAGCACAGAGUUGCUCAGGCCAAAGGGGAGACCCCUAUUGCAGUCAUGGGAGAGUUUGCCAGCCUUGGUCGUAGUCUUAACACACUGGAUCCUGAUAAAGAAGAGGAGGAUGAGGAGGAAGAGGAGAGUGAUGAUGAGUGUCAGGAAUUGUCUCUGCCUGCUGAUGGAUCCGCUCUCGGUGACGAGUCUCUGGAGCCUCCGGCUAAGCUCGCCCGAACUGACCAGAGAGUUCUCUUUAGCAACACAGAGAACUGAGAACACACAUUCCACCACACACACACACACACACACACACACACACACACACACACACACACACACACACACACACACACACACAAAUGUUCAUUAUGGACACAUAGUGAAAACAUGCUGCAGUUCACAUAACUCUGUUCACAUACAGUAUACUUACAAACACUUAUACACUGAAACACACACACUCUCACACUUACACACUUGUUUUUUUCUUUUUUUAAACCAAUCUCUGUCAACGAUAUCUGUGGCUUAGGUGUGAUUAACGACAAUCCUUGGCACAUUUCCUUCAACUGAGAAAAAAAGAAUAAGAGAGAACCUGUGCACUUGAAACUCGCUCAUAAUGGAAGCCUCAAGGCAAAAAGAAACAACAAAAAAACUCAUGAAAUUGUAUAAACAUUUAUAAGUUGCACCAUUCACUUCCCAUAGGCCUCCAGUAUAAGUGGGUUUUUAAGUGUGUUUAUGUUCUUUUAUGUUCUGUCAGUACAUUAAACAUUGCCAAGCUGAUUCUCAUGAAGUGUAAUCACAUGUACGCUACAGGUGUAUAGUGAUCUGACUGAAAAACUCUGCAGUCAUACUCCCGGAGUGAGACACGAUCCCUGGCAUGAUUUCAACGUGACGGGGCGUGAUGGUGAGCUGUAUGAGAAUCCAGACUGAUGUGAAAAGAAACACACUUCCAUGCGAGAAGGUGUGCAUCAGUCAGUCAGAGCUACAAUGUGAAAACAUGGUGGAGAUGAUUUUGCUUUGCGCCCAAAAAGCAUGGACAAUAAAACACUGGAGAUUAGUUUGUGGACAGAAUGGAGCCACUGACCCACGUGAGCUUCUGUCUAUCAAACUCCUGCCGCCCAUGAGGCUAAAAACGGGCGGACGUAGGUGCCAGCAGAACGACUGUAAACACGUAUGUGCGUGUGUAUGCGUGCGUGUGUGUGAGCGUGCAGUGUAUUUCCUGCAGUGACCCCGCUGUGUGUCGUCUGUGUGCGUUUGUGAGUGGACCGGGGCCUUCCUGCCGUGCUGAUUUGAGUGAACAUGUUACUUUUAUGUGUGAAUGUGUGUGUGUGUGUAUAUGUGUGUAUGUUGUUCAGAAGAAAUGAUAAUAGUUGUUUUUGUUGGUGGAUAUUUUUUCAUGCAUCCAUUCUCAUUAUUUUGUCAUUCUUGUUGCCUUUAUUGUACACUACCGUGUGUUACAUACCAAGUUAAGAUUCAGUUUAAAACCUAAAGAGAGUUCCUGUUAGUUUUUAAUUCUCUUCAGUCCCUUUCUCUGAAUCCUGCCUUAUGUUUUUUUCUUUUUCUUUUUCAUUUUUUUGACUUGACUUUUUGCACUUUUUUGUUGUUUGGUUUUGGUGUCACAUUCCAGACUUGGUAUAGGAUUGAUAGUAUCUGUGUCGUCUAACUAGAGUCACAAAGUGGAGCUCUUCUCUGUGUUAGACUGGUGAUUUGCACUGUUUUGUGCACAUUUAAUGGUAUAUUGCAUAUGUGUAUUCAACCACUUUUGAAA